AUGGAAGUUGGCAACAUAACCACAGUCACUGCGUUUGUUCUCCUAGGACUACUCAACAACCCUCAGAUCCAGGUAGUACUAUUUGUAAUAUUCCUGGUGAUUUACAGUUCCCUCACAGGGAACCUGCUGAUGCUGCUGGUGAUCAGGACUGGUUGCCACCUCUGCACCCCCAUGUACUUCUUCCUCAGUCACCUCUCCUUCCUGGAUGCUUUCUAUUCCUCAAUCGUAGUGCCUAAGCUGCUAGAGAACCUUCUUUCCAAGUGGAAGACUAUAACCCUCCUUGAGUGUUUCACCCAGAUCUCCUUGGUCAUAUUUUCCGGGGCCACUGAAGCUUGCCUUCUUUCAAUCAUGGCCUGUGACCAGUUCCAGGCCAUGUGCCACCCACUGCUGUAUGUGGUGGCUAUGAACAAGCAGAUGUGUACUGGCCUGGUGGGAGCAUCCUGGGCCAUAGGAAUGGGGAUGGGCCUUGUUAACACCAUCCUCCUUGCUCAGCAUCACUUCUGUGGCCCCAACCUCAUUCACAGUUUUGCCUGCGAGCUUCCCCCAGUGCUCGUGUUGACCUGUUGUGAGCCUUAUAUUAACAUUGCCUCCAUCCUGACCACCAUGGUGGUCCUGGGUCUUGGUACCCUUGUCCUAUUGCUGGGAUCCUACACCCGUAUCAUGACAGCUGUGGGAAUCAACUCUGCCACGGGUCGGAGCAAGAUCUUCUCUACCUGCUCAUCUCAUUUUCUUGCGGUCACCAUCCUUUAUGGUUCAGGAGUUUUCAGGUACAUGACUCCAGCUUCCGACUCAGCCCUGGAGCAAGUGCUGUCAGUGCAGUACAGUGUGGUGACCCCACUGCUAAAGCACCUUAUCUACAGUCUGAAGAACCAGGAGGGGAAGGCAGCUCUGGGGAGGUUGCUGGGCAGGAAUCCCAGGCUUACCUUCUAA